UCAUUCCCUCAGCAUAUUGAAGGUAUUGUACAACUGUCUUCUGCAUUUCAUCGAUGCUGUUGAGGAGUCAGCUUGUAUUCUGAAAGUCAUGGUUUUAAAGACAGAAUAUGCCAAGAGCCCAAGCACAAGCCUCCCAUCCAGCGUGCCUUCCUGCAGGUCCCUGUCAUCCAGCGAGGAUGGCCCCAGUGGUCAGUCCAGCCUCUUGAAUGGGGAGCUUGCCCGAAACUUGCAGGACAGCAUCAAGCACCGCAUCCUCUACCUGGCAGAGCAGCUGCGGGUGGAGAAGACCAGUCGGGAUGAGAACACCAUGGGCUACCUCAAGCUGGUGUCCAGAGCUGACCGGCACCAGGCCCCGCACAUCCGGCAGGCCUUUGAGAAGGUGAACCAGCGCACCUCUGCCACCAUCGCGCAGAUCGAGCGAAGGCUCCGUCAGUGUCACCAGCAGCUGCGGGAGCUGGAGGAAGGCUACAGGCCCAAGGACUCAGUGCUGAAGGCAGAGGGCAAGCAGGGCAACAGCUGUGAGUCCCCGACGCAGGACCGGAAGGAGAGCUUGGCCGCCAGCCGGCAGGAUGGUGCAGAGAGCUGCCUUGCAGGCUCCCAGCCGGGGAAGUUCCCAGAGCCAAGGUGUGGGGCCCAGCAUCGGAACUUGCUGUUGCACCAAGCCAAGGGAGAGCUGAAAGAAGUCAAGCAGCUCCCCUCUAGCCUGCAGGUGUCCUGUCAGAGCCUGAAGCACAAGUAUCUGAUGGACCUGCAGUUGUCCCUGGAGUCCCUGCAGGAGGAGAAAUGCAGACGAGCAGUGCUGGAAGAGCAGGUGAAUGAGCACCUGCAGGGGCACCUGGAUGAGAUUUACCACCUCAAGCAGAGCCUGGCCGCCACUGAAGAGAAAAUGGCCUAUUUGUCCUAUGAGAGAGCCAAGGAGAUAUGGGAAGUCAUGGAAACUUUCAAGAGCCGAAUCUCCAGACUAGAAGCUCUGGAGCGAGUCGCUCAGCUGGAGAUGACGGAGAACCUCCGAAGCCGCCCCAGGGAGUUUCUGUUCAUCUUCAUGAGCCUGCUCCUCACGCUGGCCACUGUCCUCCUGGUCCUCGUCUCCACCGUGUGUGCCUGCCCCUUGUCCCUGGUCAACUCCCGCCUGCGCACGUGCACCAUCCUCGUCCUGCUCGGGCUCGGGGCGCUGGUGUGGCAGAAGCGACACGCCAUCCCCACCGUGGCCUGGCAGGCGUGGAUCCCCUCCCGAUGGAGACUGGAUGCCAAGGACUCCAAGCCCCCGUCAGAUGGAUCUUAAGGGGCCAGGAGUGCCUCCUGCCUGAGAAUGCCGAGUCCCCCCCUCCUUGUGGGUGAUGAGGGCCCCCAGUGAGCACGGCCACCCCAGCCACUCGGAUUCCAUAGCCGCCAGCCCGGUGCGAUGGAGGCACAUGCCCACGCCCCCCACGCUCCGGUUUGCCUCAGUCCUUCCACGCGCCCCAUAGUCCCGAGGCUUGGGCAAGAUUAAAGUCUGUAACGCGCCGCUCUCGU